AUGUCGGAGCACACAGUCAAACGAAGGAAGCUCAGUCCUUUGCCAGAGGACGCCGCUCCGCCAGCGACGCAGUCGAAACCUUCAACAGACGGAACUGCCCAGCGCAAAGAUGGACAUUUCACAAAGGCCAAUGCGGGAAACCGAGCAAAGGAUGAGCGCUCUGCAGAGCUUGCCAUGGCUAGCGGCUUCUACAAAUCCAGCUUCUUCAAGCUUCAGAUGGACGAGUUGCUGUCCGGCCUCAGACCAAACUACGAGAACCGCGUGUCGAAGCUUCAAGAAGCACUGCAUAAAGUGAAGGAUGCUAUCGAAAACCUACCCGAAAAGCCACCGAAGCCUAUUUCCGAGGUCGAAAAGGAGUUGCGCAGCGCCAAUGGGGUUGUGGUCCCAUGGCCUGAACCACGACCCGGCAAGGAGACGAAAUAUACCAUGUCAUAUGCGAAGCCAACAAAUAUCAACGUGGUGGGAAGCCUCGCCUUGAGGACAGGUGCUCGUACCACGGACUCUCGUGCAGUUGAUCUGGCGGUGACGAUGCCCAGCUCGCUCUUUCAAGAGAAGGAUUUUGUCAACUAUCGAUACUUCCACAAGAGGGCAUAUUACGUCGCCUGUCUUGCUGCAGGCAUCCAGGAAUCGAUGGCCUCCCUUGGGUUCGAAGUCAAAUUUGGAAUCCAAGAUGGCGACAGCCUCCGUCCUCUCAUCUUGUUGGAGCCUCGCGAUGAGAAAGCCGCCCAGCCCCAGAUUCGCAUCAUCACGGCAAUUGAGCCAACUCUGUUCCCACUCACAAAGACACUGCCGACGAAGAGCAACAUUCGCCAGGGCUCUUCCGCCGACAACUCGGAAAUUGGAGAGCCAACUCCGUUCUAUAAUGCCACCCUUCGGUCAGAGGCCACGGUUUCUCUCUAUCACAAAGCUCUACACUCUGCCACUCAAAAAUGCGAGUCCUUCCGGGACGCCUGCAUCCUUGCCCGCACCUGGCUGCAGCAACGGGGUUUCCACACCUCCUUCCAAGGUGGGGGUUUCGGGGGCUUCGAAUGGGCCGCACUCAUGUCUUUGCUGUUCGAGGGCGGUGGUCCGACUGGGCAACCUGUUCUCAUGCGUUCAUACAGUAGCUACCAGAUCUUCAAAGCAACCAUGCAGUUCCUUGCUGGAAGAGACCUGACGAGCCCCCUGCUCCUCUUUUCUGGCGACCUCUCUCUCCCACAAGGAAAAGGUCCCAUUCUGUAUGAUGGUCGCAGAGGAUUGAAUAUCCUCUACAAAAUGACUGCUUGGUCAUAUACAACACUGCGCCGUGAAGCAGCAACUACUCUAAAGAUGCUUAAUGAAUCCCGCGAGGACAACUUUGACAAAGUUUUCAUUUUGAAGGUCGAUGAACCGACAUUGAAGUUUGACCGACUCGUGAUAUUCCCCAAGUCUUUCAGCGGCGAUACUCUGCGAGCCCAUCGCGAACAAAAUGCGCUAUACGAAGUGCUCUCCAGGGCACUUGGAGACAGAGCCAAGCUCAUAUCUUUUUCCAGUCACUGUGCCGAUACCUGGUCUAUUCGAUCAAAGUCCUUGAUCAAGAAAGCCAGUGGAACUUUAUCAGUCGGGCUUCUUCUGGAUGCUGAGAAUGCUUUGCGUGUUGUUGACCACGGUCCUCCUGCUGAGGAGAAGGAGGCCGCCACUUCGUUCAGGUCUUUUUGGGGAGAGAAGGCCGAGCUCCGUCGUUUCAAGGAUGGCAGUAUUUUGGAGAGUCUUGUGUGGUCUGAACAGCUAUCAGAAAAAUCUAUUGUGCACCAAAUCUUGGCAUAUAUUCUGGAGCGGCAUUUCAAAAUCGCGGAGUCGGAUUUUGAGUUCAUCGGCGACGAGUAUGAUGAAAAGCUCCGCAGCGAAGGUGACGGCAUUGUGGCAUACUCCAGUCCUCCUUUUCAAAUGAUCAACAAUGCCUUCAACGAUCUGGAAAGUUCCAUUCGAAACAUGGAUGAAGUUCCUCUGGAUGUUCGACACUUGGCCCCCGCCAGCCCACUACUCCGAUACACAGCGCUCCGAGUUCAAGGCUCUGGCGGGGUUGCUCACGAAGCUGCCGACAUUGUGCUUCAGUUUGAAAGCUCUGCGCGGUGGCCUGAUGAUUUUACUGCGAUUCAGAUGACGAAGGUGGCUUUCCUCAUCAAGAUCGGGGACUCCUUGACGUCGGCAGGCGCUGCCACUUCGUGCCGUGUUGGCCUGGAAAAUGAAUCAAGCAAAGUGCUGAACAACGCCUAUCUAGAUAUUGUUCACACCUCUGGCUUUCUUUUCCGCCUGAGAAUCCAUCACGAUCGUGAACAGACAUUACUCGAGCGACAACUGAAGGAUAAAACUCUCAGUCCUCGGGAGAGGGAAGGAGUUGCCUAUGCUCUCUUCUCCUACAAGAAGCUUUUCACCCAUUCUCCGCGUCUGACACAGGCAAUUCGAAGCCUGUGUACUCGAUUUCCGCUUCUCUCACCCACUAUCCGCCUGCUCAAACUCUGGUUCAGCUCCCACCUUUUCUCUGCCCAGAUUAACGACGAGUUGAUCGAACUGUUGGCAACUCGAGCAUUCACGCAACCUAAUCCGUGGGAUUGUCCUUCAAGUGUAAUGACGGGUUUUCUGCGGACUUUGCAUUCUCUCGCCCGAUGGGACUGGCAGCAGGAGCCAUUCAUCAUUGACCUAGGCGGAGAUUUGGACCCCGAUGUGACUGAGACCAUCCGCACUCGCUUUUCAGCCUGGCGCAACAUCGAUCCGGCAAUGAACACCGUUGCUCUGUUUGUCGCUUCCGAUAUGGAUCCCGACGGCGUGACCUGGACCCAAUACGAAAAGCCCUCCAAGGUCGUGGCUGCUCGGAUGUCCACUUUGGCAAAAGCCGCAAUGAGCGUGGUCCGAAAGAACAGCAGCGACUUUGAUGUGUCCGACCUCUUCCAGACUUCUUUGGCUCCCUACGAUUUCAUCAUCCACCUUCGGCCCAAGGUUCUUAAUGAACGCUCCGGUGCUGUGGCUAAAUUCAAGAAUCUGGCCGACACCGGUUCUGCUCGCGCCGGGAAGAUGGCAGCCAUCAAGUCUUUUGUUCAUGAUGUCCAGGCAUGCUAUAGCCAGGGUAUCCUUCUUUUCCAUGGAGACGAGCACUGCAGUGUGGUCGCUGGUCUUUGGAACCCCCAGGCCUUGAAAGACAAGAGCUGGAACCUCAAGACAGUAUACUCGACGGCCCCGGCAUCUUCGGCGACGGCCAAGGACCGCGUUACAAUCAACCGACCCGCCAUCUUGAACGAGAUUGCCAGACUGGGUGACGGUCUCGUGGAGAAGAUCGAAACUCACGAGACUAGUGAGGAACAGUAA